UACGCUGCCCUUAUCGUCUGUCUUCUGCUCCAUCAGAACUUGUACCAGAACCGGUUUCUCGGGCUGGCGGCCAUGGCCUCCCCGUCUCGCUCGUCGCAGGGCCGGCGCCGGAGCAAGGACCCCAUCCGGCACAGCUUUAACCCGGAGCACUUCCCCAAUGUGGACUUUCAGAACGGCGUGGCCGAGGACCUCACGGCCACCCUGCCGCGCUCCACCAGCGACACGGACCUGGUGACCUCCCACUGCCGCUCCACGCUGACCGCCAGCACCUCACAUUACGCCAUCAGCCAGUCGCCAGACAUCACCCUCACCUGGGACAUCAAGGAGGAGGUGGAUGCCGGUGACUGGAUCGGCAUGUACCUCAUCGACGAGGUGCUGUCAGAGAACUUUCUAGACUAUAAGAACCGUGGUGUGAACGGCUCGCACAAAGGCCAGAUUGUGUGGAAGAUUGAGGCGAACUCCUACUUCGUUGAGCCGGAGACGAAGAUCUGCUUUAAAUACUACCACGGAGUGAGUGGCGCACUGAGGGCUACCACACCCAGCGUGACUGUGAGGAACCCUUCAGCACCGGUGAGUGUGUUUAAACCAGUUGCUGUGGACGACGUGCCUCAGAGUCAGGGCAGCAGAAGACUCAUCAGCUUCUCUCUGUCAGAUUUUCAGGCCACUGGGCUGAAGAAGGGCAUGUUCUUUAACCCUGACCCUUACCUGAAGAUCGCUAUCCAUCCGGGCAAACACAGCAUCUUCCCCGCGUUACCUCACCACGGCCAGGAGAAGCGAUCCGGCAUCGUCUGCAACACCAUCAACCCUGUGUGGCAGAGAGAGCGGUUUAAUUUUGUGUCUCUUCCCACGGAUGUUUUGGAGAUUGAAGUGAAAGAUAAAUUUGCCAAGAGCCGGCCCAUCAUAAAGCGCUUCCUGGGUAAACUGUCCAUGCCCGUGCAGAGGCUGCUGGAGAAGCAUGCUAUCGGUGACAGAGUGGUCAGCUACACUUUGGGUCGAAGGCUACCGACAGAGCAUGUUAGUGGUCAGCUGCAGUUUCGAUUUGAGAUCACUUCAUCCAUCCACCCCGAUGAUGAGGACAUGUCCCAGAGCACGGAACCCGAAUGCUCAACGGUGCCAGAGGAGCCCGAGCGGGAGGCACUGGAGGCUGGGGAGCGGCCGGGUCCUGCCCAGGCUGAGGACACUAUGAGCCUGGACCAGGGCACUCUUGAACUGCCAUUGGAUGGAGAUGUGGACACUGUGGCCAUGCCUAUGGAAGUUGAGCCUGGUCCAGAGUCCUCGGAGGUGGACGAAAGUAGGACAGAGAUCUGGGAGGAGGAGAGAGAGGUGGUCCAGGAGGUGGAGCCUGUAGCUGAGGAGAGCAACGAGCAGGAGCAGGGGAAUGAGCUGGAGCCCCAGCAGGACAGAGAAGUGACCGAAAUGGAGUUAGGAGCGGCAGCUGCAGAGACAGAGGGAGCAACUCAGGGCGAGGAUGAUGGGGAAGGUGCUAGUGCUUCUGCUGUGGGAGCUGAAGGCACGCUGGUGCCCUCUGCUGCAGCGGAGGACAUGGAACAGGCAAUAGAAGAAUCUGAACCUCAGCUUGCCUCCUCUGAGGACGGAAUUCAGGCAGAGGGGGAGGGGGAGGGGGAGGAGGCAGAGCUUGAUGAUGGCUGCCCGCUUCGGGUCAGAACCACUCCACGGAGGAAAAACCGACCAUGUUCUCUGCCCGUUUCUGAGCUGGAGACGGUCAUAGCUUCGGCUUGUGGAGAACCAGAAACACCUCGUUCACACUACAUCCGCAUCCACCACCUGCUGCACAGUUUGCCCUCUAACCAGCAGGCCAGAGAGCCAACUGAGAAUGCUAUGGGUUCUGAUGAACCUGACCAGCCAAGAGGUGAGGAAGAUGAGGAUGAGGAUGAAGAUGAGGCCAUAAUACUAGAGCCCCACGCCUUAACACCCGAUGGAAUGUCCCACCCUCGCCGGACGCUCCCCCGCAGCCGCUCCCACCAGCGCCUCUCCGACCUCAUCCAGAUGCUGGAUGGAGAAGGCCGGCCACCAGGGGCUGAGAGUCAAGCUGGAGGUCAAAGGUCACCAGGCGAGAGCGAGGGUGACCUUAGCCCGGUGCCCUGUUGCAGUCACAUGGUGCAGAGGGGCAUGGGACCCAUGCGGGCAGCGUCGCUGGACAGUGCUCGACGAUCUGAAAGCACCGUGUUUUCCUCACAAGAGGACGAGGACGAGACAGAGGCUGUGAACGGCAUACUAGGAUUGGAGGCGGAGCUACAGCAGGGGGCGGAGAGUCAAGAGCUAGGGGACGGAGAUGCUCAGUGGGAGGAGGUGCCCGCUGCUCAUGUCCAGAGUCCGCAUGGCAUUGUGGGUAAUGGAGAGUCUCCAGUAGCUGGGACAAGUAGCAGGAGAGAGUGCCCUCUUCCAUGUAGCCAUCCCUCAGUGAGUCAGCUCCCUGCUCUGAGGCCUGAUCCCCACCACUACCCUACCAUCGAUGAGCCUCUGCCGCCCAACUGGGAGGCGCGUAUAGACAGUCAUGGUCGUGUGUUCUAUGUGGACCACAUUAAUCGCACCACGACCUGGCAGAGGCCCACCACAGCAGCCACGCCCGACGGCCUGCGCAGAUCCAGCUCCAUCCAACAGAUGGAGCAGCUCAACAGGAGGUAUCAGACCAUCCAGAGGACCAGAGAGGCCCCAGAGCGGAGAGAGGAGGAGGGCGGCAGCCCCCGAGCUGAGAGAACGGCCAAUACAGAGACUGACUUACCACCUCAGGCGAGCGAGUUGAGGAGAGACAGUCCCUGCUCCCCGGGACACUGUCAGAAGAUCACACAGCUGCUGCAGAGUCCUGCCGUCAAAUUCAUCACACAUCCGGAGUUCUUCACCGUCCUCCAUGCCAACUACGGAGCGUACCGUAUGUUCACGAACAGCUCGUGUCUGAAGCACAUGAUCCUGAAGAUCAGGAGGGAUGCGCGUAAUUUUGAGCGCUAUCAGCACAAUCGCGACCUGGUCACCUUUCUCAACCGCUUUGCUGAUUCACACAUGGAGCUGCCCAGGGGCUGGGAGAUCAAAGCUGACCCUCAGGGAAAGUCAUUCUUUGUGGAUCAUAACAGUCGUGCCACCACCUUCAUUGACCCCCGAAUCCCUCUACAGAAUGGCAGGCUGCCUAACCACCUCACACACCGACAGCACCUGCAGAGACUGCGCAGCUACAGCGCAGGAGAGGCGUCAGAGGUGUCCCGCACUCGUGGAGUAUCUCUGUUAGCACGGCCUGGUAACAGCUUAGUAGCAGCCAUCAGAAACCAAAGCCAACAGGAGCCAGUGCCAUUAGCGUACAACGAUAAGAUUGUGGUGUUUCUACGGCAGCCCAACAUCUUUGAGGUGCUUCAAGAGAGACAACCCAGCCUGGCCAGGAACCACUCGCUCAAGGAAAAGGUUCACCAUAUCCGCACAGAGGGCACACCCAGGCUGGAGAAACUGUCCUGCGAUGCUGAUCUGGUCAUGCUGUUAAGUUUGUUUGAGGAGGAGAUCAUGUCUUACGUUCCUCUCUCUGCAUUUCACUCCGGCUUCGGCUUCUCCCCACGCUGCUCCCCCGGCUCCUCUCCACAGAACUCUCCAGGGACCCAGCGAGCUCGAGCUCCAGCCCCCUACCGCAGAGACUUCGAAGCCAAACUUCGCAACUUCUACAGAAAAUUGGAAGCCAAGGGCUAUGGACAAGGCCCUGGUAAAAUCAAGCUGAUAGUGAGGAGAGAUCACCUGCUGGAAGGCACAUUUAACCAGGUCAUGGCCUAUUCACGCAAAGAGCUCCAAAGGAACAAACUCUACAUCACGUUUGUCGGGGAGGAAGGCCUGGAUUACAGCGGACCGUCUCGGGAGUUCUUCUUCCUGCUCUCUCAGGAGCUCUUUAACCCAUAUUAUGGCUUGUUUGAGUAUUCUGCUAAUGACACCUACACAGUCCAGAUCAGCCCCAUGUCUGCCUUUGUGGAGAACCAUCUGGAAUGGUUCCGUUUCAGUGGCCGCAUACUAGGCCUGGCGUUGAUUCAUCAGUACCUGUUGGAUGCCUUCUUCACCAGGCCCUUUUAUAAGGCUCUCCUCAGACUAGCAACUGACCUCAGUGAUCUGGAGUAUUUGGAUGAGGAGUUUCACCAGAGCUUACAGUGGAUGAAAGACAACGACAUCACAGACGUUCUGGAUCUCACCUUCACCGUCAACGAGGAGGUCUUUGGCCAGGUAACAGAGAGAGAGUUGAAAUCAGGAGGGGCCAAUUUGCAGGUAACAGAGAAGAAUAAGAAAGAGUAUAUAGAGCGGAUGGUGAAGUGGAGGGUGGAGCGAGGAGUGGUCCAGCAGACGCAGGCUCUGGUUCGAGGCUUUUAUGAGGUGGUGGAUUCUCGACUGGUGUCUGUGUUUGAUGCCAGAGAGUUGGAGCUGGUCAUUGCUGGAACAGCUGAGAUUGACCUGAAUGACUGGAGAACCAACACAGAAUACAGAGGAGGCUACCAUGAUGGGCAUAUUGUGAUCCGGUGGUUCUGGGGGGCAGUUGAGCGUUUUAAUAACGAGCAGAGGCUGCGGCUGCUGCAGUUUGUGACUGGAACUUCCAGCGUGCCGUACGAGGGCUUCACGGCGCUGCGAGGGAGCAACGGCCUGCGCCGCUUCUGCAUCGAGAAGUGGGGCAAGAUCACUUCUCUGCCCAGGGCUCACACUUGCUUUAACCGCCUUGAUCUUCCUCCUUACCCGUCCUACACUAUGCUGUAUGAGAAGCUUCUGAUAGCCGUGGAGGAGACCAGCACUUUCGGCCUUGAGUGAGGACCUUGCAUAUCCUGCAUCUCUCUCAAUCACUCUCUCUCUCUC